AUGGCCAAUCGAGAAAGACCGCAGCCAUUCCGCUUCUGGCUCCCCUUCUAUAGUCGUCAUGCCCCCACUCUGCCCCCUCCGCCUUCAACACGGCGACAAGCACGAUCUCCUACUCCACCGGCUUCUCCACGAGCUUCUCCGGUGCUGGGAACUCAACCUCGACACUCAUCUCAAGGACAAUCUGCUACGCCACCAACUUCUUCCUUGGCCUCUCCAUCGGCUUCUCCGGUGGUGGAAGCUCAGCCUCAAUACUCACCUACAGAACCAUCUUCUACCCCACCACCUGCCCCAUCGGCUUCUCCAGCGGAGGCAGCAGCUCAACCUCAAUACUCACCUCAAGCGCAACAGCCUACUCCAGCUUCUCCAUUGGGCUCUUCAUCAACUUCUCCAGAGGUGGCAGCGCAGCCUCAACACUCCAGUCAAGAACAAGCUCUGUCUCAACCGACUUCUUCACUGGUUUCUCCAUCGGCUUCUCCAAAGGUGGGAGCACAACCUCCAUAUUCAUCUCAAGCACAACCUCCGAUUCCACCACCUUCCCAAGCACAGCCUCCUAUUCCACCACCUUCUCAACCAGCUUCUCCAGUAGUGAUAGCACAAUCUCUUGCACAACCAGACGCUGACCUAGCUAACUCAGAAGGUCAACACAAGUAUGUUAAAUCCCUAGAGGAUAAUGUAGUAAAUUCCACUCCUAUCGAUUUCCAAAACACUAACAAGGAAAUUGAACGAGAAACAAAACCAAAUCUAGACAGCGAGCAAGAAAGUAAAACUGUUCAAACACCAGCAAUAGAAAAACAGUCCGAAAAAGUUAACGAGGAGUUCAAGAUAAAUAGAGAAACUAAACAAAAGGCUCCUGUUGAAACCCAAGAUCCCAACAUAUUAUCCGAAGGGUUUAACAAAGACAAACAAGAAAUUGAAGCCUCCAAGCCAGAAACAAGCAACCAACCAACAGAAACAAUAGAAACCAAGAUUUCAACCCCAGAACCUCAUAUUGAAUUUCCCUCAGAAGGUAGCAAACUUAAGGUCGAACUUCAAAUAUCAAGCCCAACACAUUCCGAGAAGGGAGAUAAAUUGAACAUAGAAAAGCCAGGAAUAAAAAAUGGUUCAAGGGGCAAAGAGACCAAAAUAGCAAUUUCAAGCAUCCCUCGGGCUUCAAUUUUUGAUGGUCAAAGAGCAUGCUUUCAGAAAGAGAUCGAAGACGGGCUCGGAAAGCUCUACCAAAAGCAGAUUGAUGGGAUAUCACAAAAGCCAGGGUUUGGACAAGCAGUGAGUAUCGUAACCUUCGCAGGAGAAAACAAGGGAGCGUCAAUGGUUAUAGGCGGCGAGGUCAAACUAAGAGAAGAAAAUUUGAACUCUAAAUAUAGCACAUAUCCAGGAAUAAACUCCAGCAUUAACAGUAAUGUUCAAAGCAUAAACAACUCCACAUUGCAAGAGAGCUCGUGCAGUGCACACAAUCCAGGAGUUCAUUUGAAUCUCACAAGCAAACAAACCGAACAGCCUAGCCAAUUAGGGAGAAUAGAACCUACAAAAGCCAAAGAGUCAUAUUUAAGUGUAAACCCUGAUACAAAAAUACCUCAUGACCCAAGAAUCAGAAGAAGAUGCCUUCGAGCCCUGUUCUUGGAGAGCGAGAGUGACCCAGAGAAUCCCCAGAAGCCACAGCGACAUGGAUGUCGUUUUAGCUGCGAGGAGAAGAGAAAAAAAGUCAAUGAAGAUGGUAUACGUUUAACUAACGGUGGGUCAAAGCAUGCUGAAGAAGGUAGCAGUAGAACAUUUAACCAAUGA